GCCUCCGCGGCAGCGCCGACCCGGAAAGCGUUCGGAGGUCGCGCCGCGAAGAUGGCGGCGCCCAGGCGGUGAGAGGAGAGCGGCGCAGCAGCCGCGGCCAUGAGCGCCGCCCGCAGCUGCCGCCCGCCGCGGGCGCUCGCAGGAUUAUUUGUUUGGCAUCUGAGGAACGCUGGUGCACGGCAGAUACCAUGCCGGUUUGUGCACCUUUACCACGUGGCCAGCAACAGGCUGAUUACCUUUCAGUACUUCAACUUUCUCAAACGAAUGUAUGUAACACAGUGCAACAAAGACCUCAGUCAACGAGCCAAACCCAAGCCCGAUUCAAUUGUGUCUCCUUUUCAUGAGCUUCAGCAAUUGGAUCAGGAAAAAAAGGAUGUACACAGAAUUAGCUCAGUUUCACCUGUUCAUCAGUCGUGGUCUGAGAUGUCUAGCAGAAAUGGGUUGAGAGAAAUGAAAUCAGCUUCAGAAACUGAAGACUCGGUCAUACCAGUGGGAGCUGAAUCCAAGGAAGACAGACAAUGGAAAGAAAUGAAGCUACGGCUGGAUGAUUUGCCAGGAAUUUUGGCACGCUUGUCCAAAAUCAAGCUUACAGCUCUGGUUGUCAGCACUGCGUCCGCUGGCUUUGCCAUGGCCCCGGUCCCUUUUGAGCUCACCUGUUUCCUGCUUGCCUCCCUUGGAACUGGCCUGGCAUCCUGUGCUGCCAACUCCAUCAAUCAGUUCUUUGAGGUUCCAUUUGACUCAAAUAUGAACAGGACUAAAAACAGACCACUGGUGCGAGGACAGAUCAGACUGUGGAGGACACAGACCUUGACUGGGGUUAUUUCUUCUGUGGUGUGCCAGAGGAGAAUAAACCAGUGCAACCCCCUGCUCGCUGUCUGCUUUGCUGCCUCCUGUGGAAUCCCGGGAAUUGCCCUGCUCACACUGGGAGUGAACCCUCUCACCGGGGCCCUGGGAGCCUUCAACAUCUUCCUCUACACGUGCUGUUACACACCCCUGAAGAGAAUGAGCAUUGCCAACACGUGGGUGGGAGCUGUUGUCGGGGCCAUUCCCCCCAUCAUGGGCUGGACUGCAGCUACUGGGAGUCUGGAUGCUGGUGCAUUACUGUUGGGAGGGAUCCUCUAUUCCUGGCAGUUCCCUCACUUCAAUGCCCUCAGCUGGGGUCUGCGGGAAGAUUACUCCCGAGGAGGAUACUGUAUGAUGUCUGUCACUCACCCAGGGCUGUGCAGGCGGGUGGCUCUGCGUCACUGCUUGGCCUUAAUUGGACUCUCAACGGUGGCUCCUGUCCUCAACAUCACCACGUGGACUUUCCCCGUCAUUUCGCUCCCUAUCAACCUCUACAUCUCCUACCUCGGCUUUCGGUUCUACAGGGAUGCUGACCGCAGCAGCUCCAGGAAGCUCUUCUUCUGCAGUUUGUGGCACUUGCCAAUGCUGCUGCUUGUCAUGUUCACCUGCAAGAAAUCGGUCCUGGAGAAGGAAGACAAAGGCGAUCUACCCGGGGGAAGUCAUGAGAUGGCAAUGGAAAUUAGAUUGCCUUAAAUGUCAAUACCUGUCAUUCUCGUGACAUAUCAGGUAGUAUAUUUUAGUGAUUGCAAGGGGGAAUCCUGUGGGAAUCUGUCUGAAGAAGAAUCAUUGUGCCUAGCAACCACUUCAUGUGAUAAUUUUGUUUUUUUUUUUGAAGGGAAUAGACAGGAGAGCUUAAAGCAUUCAGGGUCUUAGGCCCCUUAACUCAUCACAGGUUAUGAUUUAGCCUAUGCCAGACGCACAUCACUUUGGGAUGGCUUUCCUAAGUCCCUUGAGUCAUGGUCUCUGUCCUCAUGGGUAGUUGAGGUAGUUAAGUUAGGAAGUCACAUGUGCACACGUGCUGCCAUCAGCAGUGGCAGCCUUGGUGAAGCCAUCAGGAAGUGACCAAUGAAUGAUUUCUCACCCUUCUCCCCAAGCACCCUUUCCUUUAAUUUAAGCUUUGAAGGACAUGAGAGGGUGAGCUCUUCUUCUCUGAAUCUGUGCCAUCCCUGCACUGGUAUUACACCAAAACCCUCAGUUUUGGGGGCUUUUUUCAGUUGGCUGCUCUUCCCAAGGCUCCCAAUCACCUCAGUAGAUUUUUAGCUCUCAUACACCUGGCACAGUGCUAAAGGAGUGGAGAAAACUGUCUUUCAGCACACCACACACAAGCAUUCAAACAGCUCUCCUGUAGCAUAUCCCUUGGACACACUGAGCCAUUCUACUGUAUUUCCAUCACAGGGAACUUCUGACUCCCGUGUGGUUUUAUGUCAUUAGUGUUUGAGCCCUGUGUGUCAGAUCUUCUGCUGGUAAAAACCACCAUCACUGUUUAUGGCAGAGAGGCUGUGAGUUGUGGAGGAGGUGAGAAGCAUGUCCCAGAGCUGGGUGGUUGUAAGGCUUUUCUGUGUUAAUGUGUCUUAUGCCAGCCCAUUGAGUCUCAGCAUCCUUAGACAAGCUCUGGACUGGCACCAAGAGCUUGAGCUGUGUUUAACAGUGUGGGUGGUGGCUCAGAAGGGCUUUGCUUUGGGGGUGAUUAAUAGGUAAGGAAACACAUUUUACAGAAAAAGGGCUGGGGAUUUUAAUCUAACAGAAUGUUCACUUGCUGAUGCAUCUGGUGUCUCUCCAAAGCAAUUAUUGUGGAUGGUCUCCCAAGAAGAGUGCAUUAUCCCUGUUAAAUGAUACACUGAAGAGCAUUUCUGGUCACAGUUUAACAUGCUUUUGAUCCUGCUGCUCAGCUGUGGCUCACCCUCAUCUUGCCUGGAGCUGACUGUGACCUCCUGGUGCGCUCCCAAACACAGCAGCAUCGGGGGCAGACAGAGACAGUGAUGGUUUAUUGUGGUGGUGCCUGUUACGACUUGAUGUGUUUUCAUGCCAAGAUUUCUUUCCCAUGUGGAGAGGAAUGGGGCAGCAGGAUGAGCACUGAUCCAAAGAUACAGCAAUACCUGAAAAGGAAGACACUGUCUCGAGCUUGUUCUCAAAUAAAGUCCCUCAGGAAAUGUCACAAAUCUUUCACCACAGGUGUGUCACACUGACAGAAAACCUUCCCUGGCUGCUCUCAUGAUCCAAGCCUGGCUCUUGGUCUCAGUUAUGCUGGUGUAAAUCAGGAGUGACACAGUUUAACCUCUGUUUUCUCUGGCAGAGGUUCUUGCAGGAGCAGAGCCACCUGUUUCCAUGGCUCUUAAACAAUUGCCUGCAAGAUUUGGUGACUUGAGUGAUUGCAGGUGACAAGAUGGAGCUCCCUCACUGUCUGACAGACUCCACUGUGCUCUAGUUACUGUGGGGGACACUUUGUGAAACUGUAUGGAAACUGCAACUCCUGAAUUUAUUUUAAAAAUGCAUCCAGUCUUCUCUGCAAUAAAGUGCAUACUGUCAAAAAAGA